AUGCAAUACCCACAACUCUGUCGCCUCCACCACGAGGAUGCACUCUGCCUUUUUGGCAAGCCCAGCAAGCGACAAAGGUAUAGACCCCUCUCGACAGAGGGGGGGACAGAGGAACCACCCAAAGACACUCUCGGCGGCUUCGUAGGCAGCAGCGACACCAUCUCCAAUCGGGACCUGGACGUGACGGACGAGGGCGAGUGCGGUCAUGGAGCGCAUAGGCAAGGUACCGGUGAUGACGCGGCGAUGGCUGCAUGGGAGGCACACCGCCGGCGACUGCAGGAGUCUCAUGAUAGGCGGCGGAGGGCCCUAGGAAAUCCUUCGGCACGCCCAGCCCUCACAGCUCCGCGCGGGCCUCGCCUGGCCCAAAGGCAGGAACAGAGACGGAGAGCCCGGGCGGAAGGGCAGCAGUGGAGUCCAGCGGGGACACAGCCCUCGAGACAGGAGGGGGGGCAGCAGAACUGGCUGUUGGGGGAGGCCCGGAAGCCACAGGCAAGGGAGCAGCAGAUGCGGCCGGCGGGAGGGGAGCAGGAGCUGCCGACGAGAGGGGAGCAGGAGCUGCCGGCGAGAGGGGAGCUGGAGCUGCCGGCGAGAGGGCAGCAAGAGCCGCAGGCAAGAGGGCGGCAGGCGCGGUCGGCAGGCGAGCAGCAGGUACUGCCGGAGGGAGAGCAGCAGGAGCGGCUGGCGGGAGGGCAGCUGGAGCUGCCGGCGGGGGGGGAGCAGGAGCUGCAGGCAAGAGGGCAGCGGGAGGUGCCAGCUGGAGGGCAGCAGGAGGUGCCAACGGGAGGGCAGCAGGAGGUGCCAGCGGGAGGGCAGCAGGAGGCACCAAUGAGAGGGCAGCAGGAGGUGCCGGCGAGAGGGCAGCAGAAGGUGCCGGCGAGAGGGCGGUUGGAGGUGCCGGCGAGAGGGCAGCAGGAGCUGCCGGCUGGGGGGCAGCAAGUGGUAGAAGUGGAGAUGGCCGAGCUAAAGCCAGAGGUGCAGCAGGACCAAUCGGGGAACCGUGCCCGGCCACACGCAGGAGGGCAGCAGGAGCCGCCCGGGGUAGAGCAGCGUGAGCUGCCAAGGGCAGAGCAGCAGGAGCUGCCGCUGGAGCUGCCAAGGGAAGAGCGGCAGAAGCCGCCGGGGGUGGGGCAGCUGCCGACAAGGGAGCAGCAAGCGGUGGAUGUGGAGAUGGCCGAGCUAAUGCCAGAGGUGCAGCAGGACCAAUCAGGGAGCCAAGUCCGGCUGCAGGCAGGAGAGCAGCAAGAGCUGCCGGGGGAGGAGGGGCAGGAGCUGCCAACAGGAGGGCAGCUCGAGCUGUCGGGGGGAGGGAUGCAGGAGCUGUCGGAGGGGGAGCGGCGGGAGCUGCCGGCGCGGGGGCAGCUGGAGGUUGCUAGUGCGGACUCUACAAGCCAAGCGAAGAGAACCCGGGCACGGGGCCGAGGCGGGAGACGACACGCCCGUAAGACGCAAGGGCGAACUGGAAGCGGAGCUGCCGCACAGCAGGCGGAGGGGCAGCCGGGGGCGACCGAGACACCCCCGGGAGCUCCGCGGGUGGGGGGGCAGCCCUGGGUGCCCGGGGCGCCCCAAGGAGAGCAGCAGCCAGGGGAGCUGCCGGGGGUGACCGAAGCACCCCAGGGAGAGCAACAGGCAGGGGGGCAGCCGAGGGUGCCCGGAGCACCAAAGGGAGUGCAGCAGGCAGGGGGGCAGCCGGGGGUGCCCGGGGCACCCCAGGGAGUGCAGCAGGCAGGAGGGCAGCCGAGGGUGCCCGGGGCACCCCAGGGAGUGCAGCAGGCAGGGGGGCAACCGGGGGUGCCCGGGGCACCCCGGGGGGUGCAGCAGGCAGGAGGGCAGCCGAGGGUGCCCGGGGCACCCCAGGGAGUGCAGCAGGCAGGGGGUCAGUCGGGGAUGCCCGGAGCACCCCAGGGAGUGCAGCAGGCAGGAGGGCAGCCGGGGGUGCCCGGGGCACCCCAGAGAGUGCAGCAGGCGGGGGGGCAGCCGGGGGGAGUGCAGCAGGCAGGGGGGCAACCGGGGGUGCCCGGGGCACCCCAGGGAGUGCAGCAGGCAGGGGGUCAGCCGGGGGUGCCCAGAGCACCCCAGGGAGUGCAGCAGGCAGGAGGGCAGCCGAGGGUGCCCGGGGCACCCCAGGGAGUGCAGCAGGCAGGGGGUCAGUCGGGGAUGCCCGGAGCACCCCAGGGAGUGCAGCAGGCAGGAGGGCAGCCGGGGGUGCCCGGGGCACCUCAGAGAGUGCAGCAGGCAGGAGGGCAGCUGAGGGUGCCCGGGGCACCCCAGGGAGUGCAGCAGGCAGGGGGGCAACCGGGGGUGCCCGGGGCACCCCAGGGAGUGCAGCAGGCAGGGGGUCAGCCGGGGGCGCCCGGAGCACCCCAGGGAGUGCAGCAGGCAGGAGGGCAGCACGGGGUGCCCGGGGCACCCCAGGGAGUGCAGCAGGCAGGGGGGCAACCGGGGGUGCCCGGGGAACCCCAGGGAGUGCAGCAGGCAAGGGGUCAGCCGGGGGUGCCCGGGGCGCCCCAGGGAGUGCAGCAGACAGGUGGGGAGCCGGGGGUGCCCAGGGCACCCCAGGGAGUGCAGCAGGCAGGAGGGCAGCAGGGGGUGCCCGGAGCACCCCAGGGAGUGCAGCAGGCAGGAGGGCAGCCGAGGGUGCCCGGGGCGCCCCGGGGAGUGCAGCAGGCAGGUGGGCAACCGGGGGUGCCCGAGGCACCUCAGGGAGUGCAACAUGCAGGAGGGCAGCUGGGGGUGCCCGGGGCACCCCAGGGAGUGCAGCAGGCAGGGGGGCGACCGGGGGUGCCCGGGGCACCCCAGGGAGUGCAGCAGGCAGGGGGUCAGCCGGGGGUGCCCGGAGCACCCCAGGGAGUGCAGCAGGCAGGAGGGCAGCCGAGGGUGCCCGGGGCACCCCAGGGAGUGCAGCAGGUAGGAGGGCAGCCGAGGAUGCCUGGAGCACCCCAGGGAGAGCAGCAGGCUGGGGGGCAGCCGGGGGCGACCGGAGCACCCCAGGGAGAGCAGCAGCUAGGGGGGCAGCCGGGGGUGACCCGAGCACCCCACGGCGAGCAGCAGGUAGGGGAGCAGCCGGGGGUGACCGGAGCACCCCAGGGAGUGCAGCAGGCAAGAGGGCAGUCGAUGGUGCCUGGGGAACCCCAGGGAGUGCAGCAAGGAGGAGGGCAGGGAGUGCAGCAGGCAGGAGGGCAGCUGAGGGUGCUCGGAGCACCCCAGGGGGAGCAGCAAGUAGGGGGGCAGCCGGGGGUGACUGGGGCACCCCAGGGAGUGCAGCAGCCAGGGGGGCAGCCGAGGGUGCCCUGGGCACCCCAAGGAGUACAGCAAUCAGGGGGGCGAUCGAUGGACGACCAGGAGCAACAGUUGGAGGAGUGGUGUCGACGUUUGGAGCUGGAUACCCCCAUGGCGACUGUGGAGGAGUCAGAGGCGGACGAAGCACCUCCCAUGCCGCCUUCCCCAUGCCCCCGCUUUCCGUGCGACACGUGUUUCCACACUUUCGCUACGCGGGGGGCCGCUGCGAACCACAUGAGGGUAUGCCGAGCGGCGGAGGCGGAGAGGCGUGCACAGGCUCUCGGCUCGAUUCCGUCUCUGGUGGAGACCGACACGCAGGAGCGAUCGACGCCGCGGGAAUUUGGGGAGGAGGCGUGGGCUGGGGUUACGUCAUGGGAAUGGGAAACAUUUUUCAGCGUGGAGGCGGUUGGAGGGAGGACAGUGCGCCGGAUCCCACAGCGGGCCAGGUUGGGGGUUUUAGCCGCGCUCUGUUGCAUCCUUAAGCGCUUGAAGAGCCAGCCGGGAGAUGAAGCCGCUACCCUCCUACUCUUGGCGUUUCCGCGCCUCUUCCUAGCCAUGCCUCCCAAGCCAGGCAUAGGUCGGAAGGCGCUGAUCACAGAGCGGUUGGGUGCGUUCUGGGAGGGGAGGUGGCGGGAGCUGUUCGAUUCUGCCAUGGUGGCGGCGCGGCCAGCAGUUCGCCCACUUUCCUACACUUGCUCUGACCAGGACCCGGAUGCCAUCCGCCUGUCACGGUGCCGAUCUCGGUGCAAAGUGGGGGAGUGGAGCCGUGGAUUGGCCUGCCUUACAGCAGGGGAGUUGGCUUGA